ACGUCAGUUCUAUUGGCGAGGCGGUAAAUUGCGAGAAGGGUGCGAAAACAGCCGCUCACUUGACAUUUUUGUCUCGCAUUUUCCACCCGAUACUCACGCUGGGUGGCGGUAAAAUGCAAAGCUAUCUGCGAAAAUUAUAAAUGCACCAAAUUUAUAAUGAACUCUGACUGAGACUUCAAAGGCGUUUUGUUUGAUCUAGAUUUAUACAAGAUCUAUAGAUUAUAUCUAGCUAGAUUUAAGAUCUAGACAUCGGCAUCUACUGUAGAACUAGAUCUAGAUUUGAACCUACUAGGUUCAACCUAGCUUGUUUUUGAAAGCAGCAACAUUGAAUCAGUUCCUUGAGGUGCACGGUGACGAAAGAAAUAAAUAAUGGUGGUUUCUUUUAAUAUUGAACACAUAUUUAAAUAUCCCGUUCAACAAGUGGCCAAUACCCAUUUAACCAAGUACCCAACAGAUAAAGAAAAAGUUGUAUUGAAGGUUGAAACAUUAGAACAUUCAGUUGGUGAGGUCACUAUCAAGUAUUGGAAUCAAGGUAUUGACUAUAGAAGACGUUGGGCUUUUUGCCAAAAUGUGUUGCCUGGUCUGAUGAAGAAGGUGGAUGUUUUAAAUGAAAAAGCUAUCAUUCUGGAAGAAGAGUCUUGGAUGAAUCUCAGAUCUGGUGAUUUGCUGGUCAAAUCAAGGAACAUCACUUGGGCCAAGUACGCCACGAUGAAUGAACAGACCAAGUUUGCCCCAGCAGCUGACAAUGCUAACUGGACAAAGUUUGAACAGAGUGGUUAUAUUGAAGUAAAAAACCUCGGAUCACUUGGAGCCCUGCUAGAAAUAUUUGCCUGCAAAUUCCUGAACAAAGGAGCACUAAAGGCAUUGCGAGUGAUGGAGGAACUACUGAAUGAGAAGUCCCACUCUGCAGAAUCUUGACAGUCAUGACCUACCUCAUCCCACUUUGUCAGAGUAGUCAGUUCUCUUAUUGAAUAGCCACUGCCGAAACCAAAUACUUGAUCAAACAAGUUAGCCUUGACUGGUUUUAGUCUGGUCUGACAUUCUCAAGCCACUCAUUUAAACUGUGUAGCAAAACUACAGAACUAGAGUGAACAAAUGAGUUUGAAAAAAUGAAAAUACCAAUUUGCUUAGGGUCAAUUAGCUACUUCGAAUAUUUUAAGUUUUGUUGUUUUUAAAAUAUGUCAGAUUUUAACAUUCUCUUAGUGUAUGUUUUGUGUAUUUAAUGUAUAGACUAGACCCAUUCAUUAAUGCUUCAUUUAUUAAUUGAGAUUAGUAAGCAUUUUUUUAAAACAAUUGGGGAGUGGUUCAUGUUGUCAAAAAAACAUCUUAUUUACCAUAAUGGAUCUACCAUUUUUACACAUUUUAUUAUAUCUAAUAGAGUAUUUUUAGUGAACAAAAAGAAACAAAAUUUUUAAAAAAUUUCUUGUAUCAAAACAAUGGCCCGAUGAAUAUAUAGCAGAAAACUGAAGGUGUUUCCAACUUCCAAUUGAAGGUUGUACCUUAUAGUUUUAAUGAAACAUUUUUUAAAAGUGUAAGGGCACUCUAUAGGUAAAAAUAUUUUUAGAAGUUUAAGUGCACUCUAUAGGUAAAAACAUUUUUAGAAGUUAAGUACACUUUAAGGUAAAAACAUUUUUAGAAGUGUAAGGGCACUCAGAAGGUAAACCUGUUUUUUUUUUCACUGCAAGAAUAAACAGUAAUAUAUAUUACACUAGCGUGGCCCGUCCCCACAUGUUGCCGUGGUUAUAGUAGAAAGUAUGACGUAAUAUUUUAAGAGGGUUUCAUCAUUGCAUUACUAAUCUUAUAUGAUUCGUUUUAUAAAGCUCCAUCUAAUCCAUUGUCUAUCACACUGUUUAAAACAAACAUACGCCCCAUUGCACUCAUGGGGAAGCCCAGGGCGCCAAAUCAAAACUGGUGGGGCGCUCUGUGACACGCAUGGUUUGAUAUUGUCAACGACCAUUGCUGCCCAUUGUGUCUUUAUAGCUUUUUUUAAAAAAUGAAUGUAAGCGUCGUAGUGCUCACAGGGGAGCUUCAGGUAUCACAAUCAACGGGGCUCCUUUGUCUGCGCUUGUUGGAGUUUCACUGCUGAAUAUAUAUAACGGAUGCCAAAUGCUAACAUAGCCGCCCUGGAACUCUGGGUGCCAAAUUGUGUAUUGACGAAAAUCGCACCCUCCCGGACGCCGUCCAUAACAAAUUUUAAUUAUUUUGUGCACAGAAAUCUUCUCGGGUGUAUUUUCAUUACCUUCCCAAAGUUUCAUGGCACUCAGAUAAACAGUGUCGAAUUGCAUCCGACUUUUAUUUUUUAGAUAUCGUAAAAUCACACACUCCAGGGGAGCCACUUUUGCGAAAAAUUUUUUAAAAAUAUUUUUUUUGCAGAACCCUUCCCUGGAGUGUUUAAUCAACUCCCCAAAGUUUCAUGGCAAUCCAAUGAACUGUGUCCAACCGCAAUGGACUUUUAUUUUUUUAUAUACCAUAUAGAGAGAAAAAGCAAAUAGCGCCGCUACCUCUGCGAAUUUGAAAAAAAAAUUCGCAGAAACCACCCCAGGAUUAUUCUCAACAACUUCCAAAGUUUCAUGCCGAUCAGAUGAAAGGUGUAGUAAUGCAUAAAAAACACACACAGACACACAAGGUUUUUUCUUUGUUUUGACCUACUGGUCCAAUUAAAAGUAUUAAAAAGUUCAUGAUAUUACUAGACUAAGAGUGUUUGGUCAAAAUGUAUUUGGUAAUCAUGUCUGUUUGUUUUCAUUAAAAUGUAAAUAAUUUUUGGAAAUUAUGCUUGUUUUUAUUUAAAAUGUGAAUAAUAUCUGGUAAUUAUACUUGUUUGUUAUUAUUUAAAAUUUAUCGGGUAAACAGUGACAAGUAGGCCCUCAAAAUAUUUUUGUUGUUGUUGAAAUAAAGGUUUAU